AUAAGAUGCAAAGCAUACAACAUCAAUUUCAGCAUGAUGACUACAAUAAGACUAUUUGGCAAUAACAUCACAGUCAUGAGGUUAUUUGGAGUACAGUUUUCGCCAUUGAACAAUAAUAACAUGCAGCAGCAGCAGCAGCGCGACGAUAGAGUUAUGGAUAUGCCAGAUUUGCUUCCACCAAGCUUGCGUUUGAAUAUUGAGUCUGUCCGAGGGAGUGAAUCGGUUUACAUGGGCCGGAAAUACUUGGAGAAUUCGGACACCAACUUGAGCUUGAGCCGCUUUCUUAUUCCAGCUGAGUGCGCCACAAACUUGCUCCAACACAUGACUGAGUCGGAGAGAGAAAAGAUACAAAGCGACGAUGAUAGAGGGAUUGACAUUAGUGUAAUGGAUCCAAAAGGUGAUUUACAUGACAUGAAGUUUACUGAAUGGAAGAGCUUGAAGAGACUUGUGUUUAACAGAGGAUGGAAUAAACUUGUCGAAAAUAACCAACUACAUAAAGGAGAUUUACUCAGCCUCUGGCACUACAGAAGCUUUAAUAAUAAGCCUUGUUUUGCUGUAAAUAUCAUUCCCAAGCCUAAACAAUAAACCUUGUUUUGCUGUAAAUAUCAUUACCUCCUAGGGAUUUUCUUUUUAUAAUAUUUUAUUUUCAUCUAAUUGUUCUGUUCAUAUCAUCCACAUCUUACUCUAUUUUUUUGCAAGUUCAAACUAUUCUAAUCAUAAUACUCGAAUUUUUUAAUUACAUUCUACCUCUCACUCUUUGAAAUUUGA